AUGGAAUUUCACGGAAUGAAGAGGAAGGAUCUUCAAGCUCUAUGCAAAAAGCAUGGAAUCCCAGCGAAUCUGAAGAACAGUGAGAUGGCUAGUAGGCUCGCUUCAGUUUUCGAGAAGGAAACUGAAGAAAUUGUUGUGACGGAAACGAAAAGGUUGCUUGAGGAUUUUGUUGAGGCAGAUUGUGUAAAGGAUAAUCUCGUUGUUAGCAGAGAAGUUAAGAAAGUAAGAUUUAGUCCGGAGAAUGAAGUUUUCGAAUUCACUCGGUCUGUUGAGAAACGUAAGCAGAAGAGUGUUAGAUCGUGUAGCCAAGGGAUUGCUCAAAAGGUAAGGCGGUCAACGCGAAUUGCGGCCAAGGGGGUAACAGUAGCUGAGUGUAGUGAAAAUGAAUCGGAGAGAAGAAGAGAGAUUGUUGAGACUGAAAAGGAAUGUAGUUUGUUGGAUGCUACAAAUGUGCACAAGGUCCCAAGGCGGUCGAAACGUGGUAGUACUCAAGAAGAAGACUGUACAGUAUUAGAGUUGAUAGAUGUGGAACAGUUUGAAGAUACAGAUAUUUCGAAUGGAUUGUCUGGAAACAAUCAGGAUGGUUUCAAGUUACAAAAGGUUGGGAGGCGGUCCACAAGGCUGAUAGCUAAGCGGUCAAAAGGACUUGUAGACAAAGAAAAUAAAGAAGAUGAGUCUGAAAAGAAUAUUGUGAAGGAGGUAUCUAUGGAUUUUGAGGUUCAGGGAACAGGAAAAUAUCACAGGAAGGAUGUGCAAGAUCCUACUGUUGAAAAUGUUCAGAGGAGAUCUGGACGAUUUGUAAACAAUAUUAAUGUGCAGACCAAUGCUCAGGAUAAGAGGAGGUCGAUGAGGCUUAAAGCUAGUGCUGCAGUUGGUAAAGAGGAGAGUAAAGAGGAAAGAAAGACUAAGCAGUCAAAAAGAUCUGUGGCAGUUAAUAGUCAAGAAGGUGAGCUGGUCAAAAAUAAAACAAAGGAGCCUUGCAAGGUUCAGACAACGAACUGUAGGAUGAAAGUCCAGGAUGAUUCUCAAGUUGAAAAUUUUUCUCAACGUUCAAAACGACUUGGAAAGGACGUCAAUGUGCUGAUGGAUAAGAGGUCCUUGGUGGAUGGAAAUGUCAAGGCUGUGAAUCAUGAUGAUCUGGAAGUAGAAAAGGCUCCACAACAAUCCAGACAACGUGAAAAGAGUGUCAGUGAACUCCUAGUUGUUGGCCAAGCGCAAAAGGGUGAUGAACAAUCAAAGAGAACUUCUGGGAAUGAUUGUGAGGAUAAAAAGCUUCUACGACGUUCAAAGCGUACUGCACUAGAUAAUAUGCGGGGUCAAGCAAUGGCUAAUUCACCGAAAAGAUGUUCAGUUAUUGACAAUGAACGAGAUGGAGCCUCUGUUGAUAAUGUGAAGAAGUUAAAUGUGAAUGAUGAAGUGCAGGUACGUACUAAAUUUACCAGGAACUCUUCAAGGAACGGUUCAUGUAAGGCUCCAAUAAUAGUUGAAGGGAAUUUUGUUGAAAAGAAAACAGAUGCAACUCUUGAUUCUCUUGUCAAAUCCUCUAAAAAAGUUGGUCGGAGGAUGAAGCGGGGUAGAUCAGCAGAGCCAGGGAUGAAAACAGAAACCACAUUUACUCAAACCAAUCUAACACUAGAAAAACUCUUGGAUGAGUAUGCUCAGGUUGAGCAAGAAGAAGCAGGCGGCGCUAUUGUGGAAGCUAGAGGCUCUACAAAGAAGUCGAAGACAAUGAAUCAAGAAUGCGUUAAGGAUACGCCAGAAGGCAUGAUUGAGGACUCUCCUUCGUCCUCUGAAACCAAAGCUGCAGAAUCUGUUAUGAUUAUUGAGAAUGUUUUGGAUUCUCCACUGGGAAAGUUAGUUGAUAGUUCUCAAAGAACAAACACUCAAGAGAUGUAUUCCAAACUUAUGGAAGGAGAACGUGAGGAGAAACUUGAGCAAGACACAGUUUUGAUGGCUUUGAUUGAGGACGAAAAAGAGGAAGUAGUAUCGCGCUCUGUACAUCUUAUCGAUCGCGUAUCACCUGCCUCAGUUCAAUUAGCAGUAAGCAACCCUGACGCUGAGCUAGUAGUGCCUACUGGCCAUAUUCUUGUUAAAGAUGCUGCUUCAACAGUUAUUGCUGAGGAAAAUACCAAAACCAAGGACCAAACCCUUAUUCGCACUCCUAAAUCUGAGCUUAAGGAGCAUAGCUCUUUAGCUAAUUUAGCAAAAGAAGAAGCAAUCCUGGAAAACUCAGAUGAAUGUUGGAAAGAGGUUCACUCAAGCAAAGAUGAUGAGAAAGGUUCCUCAGAGAAGGAAGUACAAGCAGCAAAUUCACAUGAAAACUUUUCUGAAUGCAACACUGAGAAUAGCAGUGCAGAAGAACUGGAGACUAUCAAGAUUGGUUGUAUGAAUGUUGGUCUUUGUGUAAGCGUUAUACCAGAAAAACAUUUGGAUGAGGACGCUCAGUUGGAGCCAGAAGAAGAAGGCUGCGCUAAUGUGGAAGCUAGAGGCUCUUUCAAGAAAAUCAAGACAGUGAAUCAAGAAUUCUUAAAAGAUAAUCCACAAGGAAUGGCUGAUGACUCACCUUCUACAUCCGAGACCAAAGCUGCAGAGCCUGUUAUGAAUUCUGAGAAUGAAUUGGACUCUACACCAAAACUUUCAGGUGAUCUUUCACUGAUAAGAAACAUACAAGAGUCGAAUUCUGAACUUAUGGAAGCAGAACCUGGAGAGAAACAGGAGCAAGACACAGUUCUGAUGGCUGCGACAAAGAAGGACAAAGCGGAAUCAUCAUCACUAUCUGUAUUUCUUAUUGAGUGCUCAGAAGUGAGCAGCCCUGAAGCUGAGCUAUUUGUGGAAACCACUCCACCUCCUGCUUCAGUACAUUUAGCAGUGACACACCCGGAAGCCGAGCUAGGCGUGCCUACUGGCCAUAUCCUUGUUAAAGAUAUUUCUUCAACAUUUGUUCCCGAGGAAGAUAUCAAAACCAAGGAGUUAGUCCUGGAUUCCAUUUCUAGAUCUGAGCUGAAGGAACAUAGCUUUGUAGCUAAGUUAGCAGAAGCAGAAGCUAUCAUGGAAAUUUCAGCUGAACCUGGGAACGAUAUUCAUUCAUGCAAUGAUAAUGAGAAAGGUUCCUUAAAGAAGGAUACACAACUACCAAAUUUACAUGGCAACUUCUCUGAAUACAUUGCUGAGAAUGGCAGUGAAAUAGAACAAGCGGAGAUCAGUAAGGCUGCUUGUAUCAGUGCUGGUUAUUGUGUAAACCGGGAGACGAUGGAUGAAGUUAAGGAUGACAGUGUAGAGAAAUCUGAGCGAACAAUUUCUAGUGAAAGAGGCUGUAAACUAAGCGGAUGGUUGUCAACUGACUUUGCUUUUCCCUCUCCCAAGGAAGAGAACGUUUUAGAGUGUUUAGAGGAAGAGGAAAUGAAAGCUACUAGCAACGCCCUUGACGACUCAGCUGUAUUCACUACCCCUGAGAGAAACUUAAUGUUAAUGGAACAACUCAGUGAGAAUGGAAAAAUCCGUGCAGCUCAAUCAGAGACCCAUCACAAUGAUGAAGCAGUAGAGUCUCAUGAUGUUGUUUUCACAACUCCUGAAAAAGUUCUAUUGCUGGGGGAUUCUGAGCUAUAUGAGGCGAAAAAGGAAGAGGAUCAUACAGCUACCAAAGUUCCUGAUGAAUCUGAUGUUCUUAAUGCCACCGAGAAGAAAUGCUUCAUGUUGGGAGGCUCCAGGAAAAACGAAGCUAGAAAUGAAGGAGAAAGUAUAGUUGUUGAGCUUCAUGAUGAGUCUAACAGUGUGGAAAACUUCAAAAGAGAUGGAAUCGAAAGGAAUGACGAAAACAGGCCUGUUGAGUUCUCAUGUGACUUUGGUACUUGCACUAGCCCUGAUAGACGCAUAGUCUUGGGAAAUCUUGUAUCAGAUGGAGCCGGAGACAGUGGUGGAUCAGAAGGAAUCAAUAGAGCUGAUAAGUCAGGUCUUCUUACAAGCUUGGAGAAGCAACUGUUGUAUGGAGAGACUGAACAAAAGGAAGCAGUAAAGACAGGAGAAAAAGCUGCUGCAGAGUUUCUUGAUGAGCCUGCUGUUCCCAAUAACCUUGAAAGACAUCCGUUUCCAGAAGGCGCUGAACUGAAUGAAGCUGCAAAAAGUGAAGAAAAUAAGGCUGUGGAACUGCGAGUUGAAUGUGGCAUUUUCGCUAGGACUGAGAAGCACCUAUUGUUUGCGGACUCUGGACUAGACGGAACAAGAAAGAUAAGAGAUAAUGUAGCACUAGCAGCCACUUGCGAAGAGUCUUUUGUUUUCACUUCACCAGAGAGACGACUACUUUUAGGAAAAUCUGAACCACACAACGCUGGUAAGCAAGAACAAAAGGAGGCAGAGUUCAAGGACGAGUCUGCCUUCUUCACUAGGCUUGAGAGUCGUUUACUUCUGGGAGAGUCUGGACAGGACCGGCUUGAUCUUGGCAAGUCUGACUUAAGCCAUAACGCUUCCUCUCCCAAAGUUGUUUUGAAGGAAAACAGUGUGGUUCGGGGAAGUCACGUUUCAGCUCUGGAAUUCACAGAAAACACCAUCAUUGAUUCAAAUGGUCGUACUGCAUCCAAAGUUUCUUACAGCCACGAGUUUAAUGCCGGGAAAGAAGCUGCAGGUACAGAGUCUCAGGCAGAGAAUGUUAUUGGUCUAGAUGCCAUACAAGGGACGAAGCAAAGGAAAAAAGACUCAGUAGAUCGUUUUGCAUUUGACAUUGAAGAGGGAGAGACAAUCAUAGAAGCAGGAAGAAAUGUUUCCCUCAGUUCUUAUGUUCUUGCCUUACCAGCCAAAGGUAACUCUUGUGAAGAGUUAAGACUUGAAGAUAUUUCCGAGACUAUCGGUGAAAUUUCCAGCCACCUUGAAGUUUCCGGAAUGGUGUCUGACAUUCAGAACCAUCUAAAUGAUGAGCUCGAGGGAUUGACAAUAAAAGGCAAUAGCGAAGCAGACGAGGUCGUGGAAGCUAAGGUAACAAAGAGUACUCAAAUAGGCUUUGAAGGAAAUCUCAUGUUGGACUCUUCUGGUAACUCUUAUGUCUCUGAAAAGACAUGCAUCGUAGCUGGAGCGGAGGAUGAGCACUUCGGUUUUGAUUUUGAAGUAGAUUUUAGAAACUCAUGUGAGAAAAGCGGUCACAAACCUCUCAGAAAUGAAGCAAAUGGUCCACUUGAAGAAGCCAUCUCGCUGACUCCUGAUGAAUCCACUGUUCAGAAUAACAGUAACGAAGAAGUAGCUGCAGAUGAGGAAGUGAUUAGGAGAGAAACCAUGAAUGAGCCGAUCGAAAACAGGAAGGAGUAUCUGAACACUUAUGAAUCAGGUACGUUAUCUGAGAAGCAAGUAAGAAGGGAACCACUCUUAAUUUACGAAACACAAGUGAAGCUUAAACGGAAUGACAUGAAAGAGAAUGCACCAAACUCAAAGAUUGUGCAUAAUCUUAACAUAACAGCUCCAAGGAUCUCAAAGAGAAAGCCGCUUCAAGACAUGAGGAAUAACUAG